AUGGGGACGCUGCGGGAUUUACAAUACGCCUUGCAAGAGAAGAUCGAGGAGCUGAGGCAGCGGGAUGCUCUCAUCGACGAGCUGGAACUGGAGCUGGACCAGAAGGACGAACUGAUCCAGAAGCUGCAAAACGAGCUGGACAAGUACCGCUCCGUGAUCCGGCCCGCCACCCAACAGGCGCAUCAGCAAAGCUCCACCACCUUGCAAGGCGAGCAGAGGACCAAGAGGCAGGCCAUUUCAGCCGAGCCCACCGCUUUUGACAUCCAGGACCUCAGCCAUGUCACCCUGCCAUUCUACCCCAAGAGCCCACAGUCAAAGGAUCUAAUAAAGGAAGCUAUCCUUGACAAUGACUUCAUGAAGAAUCUAGAACUGUCUCAGAUCCAGGAGAUUGUGGAUUGUAUGUAUCCAGUGGAAUAUGGCAAAGACAGUUGCAUCAUCAAGGAGGGAGAUGUUGGGUCACUCGUAUAUGUCAUGGAAGAUGGAAAGGUUGAGGUGACAAAGGAAGGGGUAAAACUCUGCACCAUGGGGCCUGGAAAGGUAUUUGGGGAACUCGCUAUCCUUUACAACUGCACCCGGACAGCCACUGUCAAAACUCUCGUAAAUGUGAAACUUUGGGCUAUUGAUCGGCAAUGUUUUCAAACAAUCAUGAUGAGGACUGGCCUCAUCAAGCAUACAGAGUAUAUGGAAUUUUUAAAAAGUGUUCCAACAUUCCAGAGCCUUCCUGAAGAGAUACUCAGUAAGCUUGCUGAUGUCCUUGAAGAGACACACUAUGAAAAUGGAGAGUAUAUUAUCCGGCAAGGUGCUCGAGGGGACACUUUCUUCAUAAUCAGCAAAGGCAAGGUAAAUGUUACUCGUGAAGAUACGCCUGGGGAAGAUCCAAUCUUUCUCCGUACUUUAGGAAAAGGAGAUUGGUUUGGAGAAAAAGCACUCCAGGGGGAAGAUGUCAGGACGGCCAAUGUUAUUGCUGCAGAAGCCGUUAUGUGUCUUGUCAUUGACAGAGACUCUUUCAAACAUUUGAUUGGGGGCCUGGAUGAUGUUUCCAACAAAGCAUAUGAGGAUGCCGAAGCAAAAGCAAAAUAUGAAGCCGAAGCUGCCUUCUUCGCCAACCUGAAACUGUCUGACUUCAACAUCAUUGACACUCUUGGAGUUGGAGGUUUUGGAAGAGUUGAGCUGGUCCAGUUGAAAAGUGAUGAAUGCAAAACGUUUGCAAUGAAGAUACUAAAGAAACGCCACAUAGUGGACACAAGACAGCAGGAGCACAUACGCUCAGAAAAGCAGAUAAUGCAAGGGGCUCACUCGGAUUUUAUUGUGAGGCUAUAUAGGACAUUCAAGGACAGUAAAUAUUUAUAUAUGUUGAUGGAAGCCUGUUUAGGUGGAGAGCUUUGGACAAUUCUCAGGGACAGAGGUUCAUUUGAAGAUUCUACAACCAGAUUUUAUACAGCAUGCGUGGUAGAAGCUUUUGCCUAUCUGCAUUCCAAAGGAAUCAUUUAUAGGGACCUCAAGCCAGAAAACCUCAUCCUAGAUCACCGAGGUUAUGCCAAACUGGUCGAUUUUGGCUUUGCAAAAAAAAUAGGAUUUGGAAAGAAAACAUGGACUUUUUGUGGAACUCCAGAGUACGUAGCCCCAGAGAUCAUCCUGAACAAAGGUCACGACAUUUCAGCAGACUACUGGUCACUGGGAAUCUUAAUGUAUGAGCUCUUGACUGGCAGUCCUCCUUUCUCAGGCCCAGACCCCAUGAAAACGUAUAACAUCAUACUAAGGGGGAUUGACAUGAUUGAAUUUCCAAAGAAGAUUGCCAAAAAUGCUGCUAACCUAAUUAAAAAACUAUGCAGGGACAACCCAUCAGAAAGAUUAGGUAACUUGAAAAAUGGAGUCAAGGAUAUACAAAAGCACAAGUGGUUUGAAGGCUUUAACUGGGAAGGUUUAAGAAAAGGUACUUUGACACCUCCUAUAGUACCAAGUGUUGCAUCUCCAACAGAUACAAGCAAUUUUGAUAGCUUCCCUGAGGACAACGAUGAACCACCACCUGAUGACAACUCAGGAUGGGACAUAGACUUUUAAUGUAUUUCUCUUACCUGCUUCUGCCUUGCUGAAGACAGCUUCCUGAGACAUGGCUGCCAGCAGACCUGAAGGAAUGGGGAAGGAUUAGUGCUCGGGGUCACCAUGAUGCCUUGAUUGAUGCUGCUACAGUAACUACAGUGGCAUUAGGACUUCUUGCUUAGAUGACAAUAGUGCUCUUCACAUGUUUUCUGUUUGAACUUAACAUAGCAGUUGACAUGGUGGUCCUGAAGCAAAGCCUUUUUCACCGGUAAUUAAAUGUGUUUUCUAUCACUGUUAUGAACUUGCUAUGCUCCAGUUGUAAUUUGAAAGUUGAUAGACUAAGAUGCACAUAAUUCUAGCUGCAAGAUCAUUUUCUUUAUCGCUAAUUCUAUUCUGAAAUGUUAAGUACUGUAGCUUAUUCUACACUGUAGAAUCUACAGUAUAGAAUUUGGGGUACUCCCAAACCGCAAAAUGAGUGUAUUGAGCCUCUUAAAGUAGGCCAAUGUAUCAAACCAAGGAGGACCACGAAGCUAUUGGUCAAGGAGCUCAUGUCAAUGCAGUGCUAUGAGUUGUCUUUCUUUUCAAGCAGUAUUCAUGACAAGAAUGAAUGUUCCCUUUUUUCCCAUUUUUAAUUUUUGGAGUGCUUUCCCCCUCAACCGAUAACAAAAGCACAAGUGCUACAGUUUCUGUUGAACUGUUAAAGCAAGUGUGGGUCAGAUGGUUCUCACACGUGUUUGAAAACAUGGUAUACCUAACCUUUAAAUUUUUUUGGUACAGCUACAUAAGAGCAUGUAGAAAAUUAUUCAUAAAACUACUCAUUUUACAUAUAUAUAUAUAUAAUAAAUAUAUUAUAAAAAAGAAAAGAAAACGUGCUUAUCAAAAGGUCUUAGAAAGGAAAUGACAGCACCCAGCUGGUCUAAUAGGCAUUAACACUGACUUUAAAAUAACAUUUACCUUUUAGAACCCAAUGAGGGAACAUGCAAGACCCACUCCAUACUAUAUAGGUGCUAUGUACAUUUUUCAUCUGUGGAAUAACCAAGCAUUCACAAUAUUUUUUCAAGGGGGGGGGGGGGAAAUGUAGCAAGAGAUAGGAUUGUCAACACACAGAGACACAGCCACAUUUUUGCUGCUCCUCUGCACCACCAUCAUCAUUUUGCUUUUCUAUAGAUCCUUUAAUCCCACUGCGAUGUAGCUAUAUUUGAUUACUUGUUUCAAAAGUUAAGUAGCUCAGUUCUCUCUGUGAAGCAUAAUCAUAUAACCAUUCGUGUCAUCAAUCAUGGGGUGCAAUGCAGUUGAAAUAGAGCACUUCAAAAUCCCAAAUAUUUCUAAAAGGAGAAUUAAGCACAUGUACUUUGGGUGAAUCAUACCUACUAGCAGUGAGUCUACUGAUGCAUCAGUGGCACUCUACUGGCAGGAAUAGAUUAUAGAAGUUAAAACAAUGAUAGCAAUGUCAGUGAAGACUCCCAUGUGUUUGUUUGUAUGCUAUCUACCAGCACCUGCACAUUUCCAAUAGACUUAUACCUUUAUACAAAGUAAUUUAACGGCUAAAGCAGCCUUACAUAUAUGAUUUUUUUUAUCAGCUCAGUAAGAAUAUCUACUAGCGUACACUUCAAAAAUGCCAUCGCAUAUGAAAUGCUGCUGAAAAUGAAUCCUCCAACCCAGACAUUCACAUCCUUCAUUUCUUUCAAUGUAUCACCACCAUCUCACAACCUACUCCUUCUGAAUCCAACAAAAGCCGUUUUCAUCUCUGGUUUUCCCCUUUGAUUUAGUUAACCAGUUAAUUUAGUCGCUCUAAUUAUUUUGUAUCCAUAUUUCUCUGCAUCCCUCAUCCUUACACCAGCCCCUUUAUUUGCUUUGUCCUUUCCAGUAUUUGGGGCUACCGCUCAAUUAGCUGGAUCCAGGGUUACUUCCGUUCCUAUCCCACUUACCUGAGAGCCCCAUUGCAUUCAGUGAGACUUACUUCUAGGUAGACAUGUUUGGGAUUGCACUGUUAGUUUCCUUUGAAAUCAAUGAGACGGGAGCCAUGGCUAACUUCUCCCAUUGUGUUCAAUGGUCCAAAAGUUCAACUAACCUACAAUGUAAUCUCAGAAGACCUAUUGUGUUCAAUGAGGCAUACUCCGAAGUAAGCAUGUAUAUGAUUGCAGCCUCAGUUUGGCUCUAACCCAAUUUGUUUAGUGUAGCAUUUCAAGCUCUGUCUCCAGACUAUAACAUGUGCUUAUUUUAGAAUUAUAUUAGAGAAUGCAGUGCAAUUUUGUUUUCAGUAUUGUUCCCCCCCCCAGAAGAGUUGCUGAGAGACUAGCUUCUUAAAAGAACGUUCUGCGACAAUCCCCCCAAACUGGGCUUCUUACAAAUUAAUCAGUCCUCUGAUUAAUAUUUUUAGUUUCCUGAUGCAAACAGGCUUCUGCUCUAAUAUAUUGGAAGACAACAAGUAGUUUUAAGGAGAAAGAAAUAGAUAUGGACUUCCUUGCAUUCUCACACAUUUGAUACGAACAUAACUCUGUCCGAAAUCAUUCCUGUAUGACACUGGUAUACGUUAGAGCAAACUUAUGGUCUCAUUUCAGUUUCACUCCUGAUAGAAAGUACCAAGGUAUUUGAGCUUUAAAAAAUGUUUUUUCCACUAUUUGCAAUAAUCUCCACCAGAUAUAAUUAUGAUGAAACACAACCAGGAGAAUUGGUGGUCAUAUACAACGUAACAGCCUAAUCCUGGGAAAUAACACUCUGCUUCCAGUAUACAUAGAAUCAGGUGCAGGAAUCCUUGCGAUGGCACUAGGGUCCAACCACAGAAAAAACGUAGCAGCACCAUUUGGACUGUGCUUCAGAGCUUCCAAGCCAUGCACCACUAGAACAUGGCAGGUCUUUCCCAGACCUCACACAUGCGCUUCUCUAUACACAGCUUAUUAUGAGCUAUUUAGGGCAGUUCUGACCAAAACUGGCUAAGUCGGAACUAUACAAGCUUUUGGACAGGGCAGGAAAAGACGGAAUACGUUCCGUUUCCUAAGUGUUGAGUUGUCCUGGGGCUAGAUGGGCACAAGUCAUUAUUUGCUUACUAAAAGUUAUCACUCAUUUUUCCAAAAUUUUCCAAGAAAUGCAUAAAAA